UUGCGAGUCUCGGCCCUGCGGCUCGGCGGAGCGCGCGUGCGGUCGCUGCUAGUGCUCGGUGGUACGGUGCACCGGGGUGGCCGGGCGAGACGGGCGGCAUGGGGCGGCGGUAGCGGCACGGAUGUGCGCGCGCUCGGAGGCGGUGGAGCUGGAGGUGCUGGGCGCGGAGGGCGAGCCUCGCCCGCCGCGCCCGCUGCGCCUCUCCCUGCUCGAGCUGCUGGGCAAGCUGGUGCGACGCGAGCCCGCACCGCCGCACCGCCGCAACCGGCACAACCAUCGGUUCCGCACCUUUGUCUCCUGCGAGAAUGAACGGAGAAUCAAAGCUAACAAUAGGGAAUACAAUGCCCAGUUCCGUUACGCUAACAACUACAUCAAAACAUCGAAGUAUUCGAUCAUAACGUUCCUGCCGCUGAAUUUGCUGGAGCAGUUUCAGCGGCUAGCCAACUUCUACUUCCUGUGCCUGCUGGUGCUGCAGCUGAUCCCGGCGAUCUCGUCGCUCACGCCCAUCACCACCGCCAUCCCGCUCAUCGGCGUGCUCGCGCUCACCGCCGUCAAGGACGCCUACGACGACUUCCAACGUCACCAAAACGAUUCCCAAGUGAAUCACCGGCGCGCGAAGACGCUGCGCAAUGGCAAGCUGGUGGAAGAGAAGUGGGCGUCUGUUCAGGUGGGAGACGUCAUCCGGUUGGAGAACGACCAGUUCGUGGCCGCCGACAUCCUGCUGCUCAGCAGCUCGGAGCCCAAUGGGCUCUGCUACAUUGAGACUGCUGAGUUGGAUGGGGAGACGAAUUUAAAAUGUCGGCAGUGCCUUUUGGAGACGGCCGCGAUGGGCCAGGACGACGCACAACUGGGCGCCUUCGACGGCGAGAUCGUCUGCGAGACACCCAACAAUCUACUUAAUAAGUUUGAUGGCACGCUGACUUGGCGCGAGCGAGUGUUCUCCCUGGACAACGACAAGAUCCUCCUGCGGGGCUGCGUGUUGCGCAACACCUCGUGGUGCUACGGCGUGGUCGUGUUCGCCGGCAAGGACACCAAGCUCAUGCAGAACUCCGGCAAGACCAAGUUCAAGCGCACCAGCAUAGAUAGGCUACUUAAUUUUCUUAUUAUAGGGAUAGUGUUCUUCCUGCUGUCAAUGUGCGUGUUCUGCACGGUGGCGUGCGGCGUGUGGGAGUGGCUGGUGGGGCGCCAUUUCCAAACGUAUCUGCCUUGGGACUCGCUGGUGCCCGUGGAGCCUGUGUCGGGCACCGUCGUCAUCGCGUUCCUCGUCUUCUUCUCUUACGCCAUCGUGAUGAACACUGUUGUGCCUAUAUCGCUAUACGUUUCCGUCGAAGUAAUAAGAUUUGCGCAGAGUUUCCUCAUCAACUGGGACGAGAAGAUGUACUACGAUAAGACCGGGACGGCCGCCAAGGCGCGGACGACCACGCUCAACGAGGAGCUCGGUCAAAUCCAAUACAUAUUCUCGGACAAAACGGGCACGUUGACGCAGAACAUAAUGACGUUCAACAAGUGCUCGAUCGCGGGCGUGUGCUACGGCGACGUGGUAGACGAGCACACGGGCGAGGCCAUCGAGCUCAACGAGCGCGGCGGGUCGCGGCCGGGGCCGGGCUCGGCGUCGCGCGCGCGGCUGCUGGAGCAGGAGCACGAGCAGGGCCGCAGCACGCCCGGCGCGCGCCGCCCCACGGACGCCCAAGCCCAAGCCCAUCCGCAUAGCACGCAGCCGCUGGACUUCUCGUUCAACCCCGAGUACGAGGCGGACUUCAAGUUCUUCGACGAGUCGCUGCUGCUGGCCGUGCAGCGCGGCGACCAGCACGUGCACGACUUCUUCCGACUGCUCGCGCUGUGCCACACCGUCAUGCCGGACCAGAAGAACGGCCGGCUCGAGUAUCAGGCGCAAUCACCAGACGAGUCGGCGCUUGUAUCUGCCGCUAGGAAUUUUGGUUUCGUGUUCAGAGAACGCGCGCCUAAUAGUAUUACUAUAGAAGUUAUGGGUAAGACAGAGGUGUAUGAAUUGUUGUGUAUAUUAGAUUUUAAUAAUGUUAGGAAAAGAAUGUCCGUGAUAUUGAGGAAGGAUGGUGAAAUUAGGUUAUAUACAAAAGGUGCUGAUAACGUAAUAUAUGAAAGGUUAAAAGGAAACCAAGACGGAGUGAAGUCGAGGACGCAGGAGCAUUUAAAUAAAUUCGCGGGCGAGGGUCUACGCACGCUGGCGUUAGCGUGGCGGCCGCUAGACGAGCGCGGCUUCGCGGAGUGGAAGCGACGGCACCACACGGCGGCGCUAGCUUUACACGACCGGGACGAGCAACUCGACGCCAUCUACGAGGAGAUUGAGACCGACCUGCUACUGUUGGGUGUUACAGCAAUUGAAGACAAAUUACAAGACGGAGUACCUGAAACGAUAGCAAAUCUUAGCAUGGCGGGCAUCAAAAUAUGGGUGCUCACUGGAGACAAACAAGAGACGGCGAUAAACAUCGGAUACUCGUGCCAGCUGCUGACGGACGACAUGGCGGAGGUGUUCGUGAUCGACGGCGUCGCGCACGACGACGUGGAGCGACAGCUCGCCAAGUGCCGCGACUCCAUCCGCGUCGUCAACACCUUCCUGCCGCCCGGUGAGUAUAUCUUACUCAUCAUUAACAGAGACGGAUCGACGGCGUCGCGCACGACGACGUGGAGCGACAGCUCGCCAAGUGCCGCGACUCCAUCCGCGUCGUCAACACCUUCCUGGCGCCCGGUGAGUAUAUUUUACUCAUCAUUAACAGAGACGGCAAUAAACAUCGGAUACUCGUGCCAGCUGCUGACGGACGACAUGGCGGAGGUGUUCGUGAUCGACGGCGUCGCGCACGACGACGUGGAGCGACAGCUCGCCAAGUGCCGCGACUCCAUCCGCGUCGUCAACACCUUCCUGCCGCCCGGCACUAGUGGCGGAGAGCCGGACGGGUCGGCGGCGGGCGCGCUGAACGGCGGCGCGGCGGGAGUGAGGCCGGCGGCGGCGGCGGCGGCGGCGGCGGCGGGCCGCGGCGGCGCCUCGCCCGGGCGCGCCGCCGGCGUCAAGCUCAAUGCGCCCGCCGUCUCCGUCGUCACAUUUAGGUGGGAACAUAACAUGCAUGAGCACAGCAACGAGUACGCGGCGGGCGGCGGGCCGGCGUCGGCGGACUCGCACGAGCACGGUAACGACGACACUAACGGGUUCGCCAUCGUCAUCAACGGACACUCGCUGGUCCACUGCCUACACCCCAAGCUCGAGGAGAAGUUUCUAGAGGUGGUGCUGCACUGCCGCUCGGUGAUUUGCUGCCGCGUGACGCCGCUGCAGAAGGCCAUGGUGGUCGAGCUGAUCAAGAAGGCGCGCCGCGCCGUCACGCUCGCCAUCGGCGACGGCGCCAACGACGUCUCCAUGAUCAAAGCGGCCCACAUCGGCGUGGGCAUAUCCGGACAGGAGGGCAUGCAGGCGGUGCUGGCGGCCGACUACUCCAUCGCGCAGUUCCGCUUCCUGCAGCGGCUGCUGCUGGUGCACGGCCGCUGGUCCUACUACCGCAUGUGCAAGUUCCUGCGCUACUUCUUCUACAAGAACUUCGCCUUCACCGUGUGCCACUUCUGGUUCGCGUUCUUCUGCGGGUUCAGCGCGCAGACGGUUUUCGACGAGAUGUUCAUCUCAGUGUACAACCUGUUCUACACGUCGCUGCCGGUGCUGGCGCUGGGCGUGUUCGAGCAGGACGUCUCGGACGCCACCUCGCUGCAGUUCCCCAAGCUCUACGUGCCCGGCCACACCUCCCAGCUGUUCAACAAGACGGAGUUCAUCAAGUCCACGCUGCACGGUUGCUUCACUUCGCUAGUGCUGUUUCUCAUCCCUUAUGGUACUUAUAAGGAUGGUCUGGCGCCCGACGGCAAGAUCCUCUCCGACCACAUGCUGUUGGGAAGCGUCGUGGCGACGAUACUAAUCAUAGACAACACGACGCAGAUCGCCCUGGACACGACGUACUGGACGGUGUGCAACCACGUGACGAUCUGGGGCUCGCUGGUGUCCUACUUCGUGCUCGACUACUUCUACAACUACGCCAUCGGCGGGCCGUACGUCGGCUCGCUCACCGUCGCGCUCACGCAGGCCACCUUCUGGUUCACGGCUGUGCUCACUAUGAUAAUCCUGAUGGUGCCGGUGGUGUCGUGGCGGCUGGCGUGGUCGGUGACGCGGCCCACGCUGGCGGAGCGGCUGCGCGCGCGGCAGCGCUGGCGCGAGGCGGCGCCCGCGCCGCGCACGCCCUCCGCGCGCCGCGUGCGCCGCUCCAUGCGCUCCGGGUACGCCUUCGCGCACCAGGAGGGCUUCGGGCGCCUCAUCACGUCAGGCAAGAUCAUGCGGCGCAUCCCGCACGCGGACGCGGCGCUGCACGCGCUGGCCGCGCUGCCCGGCAAGUUCAGCGCGCGGCCCGGCACGCCUCCCGCCGAGCCCGACCCGGCGGUCUUCGCCACCUCCCCCGCCUCCCCCGGCACACCCCCCAGCCCGAGGGCACCCAAGCAGGACCUCGACUCCGUCGACUUAUGAGCGCCGCCGACCCGCAGGACUGUAGUUCGCUAGUGCCCGUGUGUGUGAGAGUAGCGUGCCGGACUGUGCGUGUACACUGUACGUACGUGUACGCGACCCGUGCGAUCUCGGGGUCGAGGGCCCCUUUUGUACUUUAAUAUUUAUUCGGCCCGGGGCGGCCGUGAUUUCCUUAAAAAGACGAAAUGUACAAUAUAAUAUCGAGAGUAAAGUUUGUAAAUACUGAGAGGGUUACGAACGAACCAUAAUUUUUUAAAUAGACGGCAUAAUGUCGUCGCGACUCAUAUUGUGAUAACGUUACUAGAGUUAAAAUUCGUAUUAUAUUAUUACCUAUAUUAAAUUAUAUUUGUUGAUCGAGAGUAUAUAUUGAUAGAUAUUUAUUAUGGUACGUGCUAAGAUUACUCUUUUAUAUCGGAAAGCGUAGUAUUUCGUAAUAUUUGUUUACGUGUUAGACGACCUAGUUCCGUUCCGCAGCACUCCCGAUCGUUCGGUAUCGUUUCAUUAGUUCCGGUCCCGCGACCGUUCGCAAUCCAUUAGAACAAUAUUAGUCGUAGUGUCACGAUACCUUCUAUAAUCUCGAUGAUAAUUCCUCGAAUCGGCUUAUUAUUAUUUCUUUUUGAAUUUGUUGUUUUCUACUAAUUUCAUUGAACUUUGUUACAUGUUUUGUCUGUUGAUUUCCCUUAAGAGCUUAAUGUUUUCAAAUGAUAUUUAAUUGUCGUCUAUGUGUCCGAAAACUUAGAAAAAUGUGCAUUUAAACUGAACUGUACAAUUCCGCAAGCAGUGAAAACGCCACAUUCAUUUAAAAUGUAAGACAUCAAUUUGUUAUUGUUGUGCCAACAACAUUGUAGCCUAAGUGUAAUUUAUUACUCACUGUUUGCUUGAUAUUGAAAAAGUACCAAUUGAAGUAGGUAUUUAUAAGCUGUACAGUUGAAAACUAAGCUGAUCGUCCUAUAGUAGUAACCGAUCCGUGUAAAUGAUAUAUCCAUACCGAAAAUGAAACUUGAUGCCGAGUACGCUCGAGAGCGCGCCACAUGCCUUAAUAUCAUAUAAAAUUGGAUGUUGCAUUUUAACUGCAUGCGAAUUGAAACAUGAAUUUGCUUUGGAAUCGAUUUUUUAAUAAAAAAUAUAAUUCUUA